AUGCCUCCGGCAGAGAUCACCAACGACAACACCCCUGCCGACCCUCCCGUACGACUAUCACUGCCUCUCGACUUCCAGAAAGACAUCUUCCACGAACUGCGCGAUGACGACGGCCUACUCAUCCUCGCGCGCGGCCUCGGCCUCCUAAGACUGGUGACGAACCUUCUUCAUUCGUACGAUGCGGCGGGCAACAACCUCAUUCUCCUGGUCGGCGCGGACGACCGAGAGAAUGGCUGGAUCGGAGAGGCGCUGGCUGAGCAUGCCGCCGUGAGCGGGAGCCCGAAAUGCAGAGGGUUGCAGCUGGUCAAUACGGACCUGAUGAGCGUGGGCACGAGGGAGAAGAUGUAUUCUGGAGGUGGCAUAUUCAGCAUCACAAGUCGGAUCUUGGUUGUGGACUUCUUGUCCGGCCUGCUGGAUCCCAGUACCGUCACUGGGAUGAUAGUGCUGCAUGCUGAGAGGGUUGCUGCGACUAGUCUCGAAGCCUUCAUCAUCCGGAUCUUCAGGCAGAAGAAUAAGAAGGGAUUUCUCAAAGCCUUCUCCGACCAGCCAGAGCCAUUCACGAUGGGCUUCCAACCUCUGACCACCAUCCUUCGGAAUCUGUUUCUCAGAAAGCCCAUCUUGUACCCAAGAUUCCAUGUUACCGUAGCCAAAUCCGUCGAAGGAAAGCGCAAGGCCGAGGUGAUCGAGCUGGAGGUACCAAUGUCGGAGGCCAUGCGAGACAUCCAGAAUGCGGUGCUCGAAUGUGUCGAGGUUUCGAUUACCGAGCUGAAGAAGGGCAAUACUGGCAUCGACGUGGACGACUGGAAUCUGGACAGUGCCUUGCACCGCUCGUUUGAUACUAUCAUACGACGGCAGCUGGAUCCUGUCUGGCACCGGACAAGCUUCCGCACGAAGCAGAUUGUCCGAGAUCUGUCUCUGCUGAGAACUAUCCUGCAUGCUCUUCUCACGUACGAUGCUGUGGGAUUCAACAAGUAUCUGGACACCGUACUGGCCGCUUCGUCACCGCCACCCGGCUCAACGAGGCAAUCUCAAUCACCAUGGCUGUUCUUAGAUGCCGCACAUACCCUGUUCGAUACUGCAAAGCGGAGAGUGUACACUGGCAAGAUCUCCGACAGCUACUCACCUGAACAAGAAGGCCUCAAUCCCGUGCUGGAGGAGCUACCGAAGUGGAGCUUACUUGCUGAGAUUCUAGACGAGAUCGAACGCGAUGUCUACUUCACCCCUCUGCCGCAGCACGAAAGCAGUGGCAGUAUUCUGGUCAUGUGUGGCGAUCAAAGCACCUGCCGACAAUUGCGUGAGUACCUGCAAACGAUGUAUCUUGGCGAUGAGGCAGAAAGAGCGGACGGCGAAGGGGAAGGAGACGAGGGAGAUGAGCGAAAGCAGAGCGCGAAGUUCAUGAUGCGCCGCAAGCUACGCGGCUACCUACACUGGAAGCGCGAUUUUGCACGGGUCAGCAGCAACCUCUUUGCGGAGAACCAAAAAGCGAUCAAUGGCACCACUUCACACUCAGGAGGGCAGGCAAACCGUGGAGGACGGGCACCGCCAAACAAGAGGCGAAGGAUGCGUGGAGGUGGUGCCAACGCAUCCGCGCCCGCACGCGCAGCCGGUGGCAGCGUCCAAGUUGCAGGAGACAAGGACGCACACAUACAAGCACUCAUGCACGAGCUUGCGCCGAACGACAUGGACGAGACUUCGGCGGCGAAGAUGGACAUCGGCGCAGAUCCGCUUGACGACAUGGACGACUAUUACGAACUUUACGAAACGAAGGACCUAGUGCUGGUCCACCCUUAUGAUGGCGACAUGGAUGAUCACUUGCUUGAAGAGAUCAAGCCCCGGUAUGUGGUGAUGUACGAACCGGACGCCGCUUUCAUCCGGCGAAUAGAAAUGUACAGAAGCAGUCACAGCAACCGACAGGUCAGAGUGUACUUUAUGUACUAUGGUGGAAGUGUUGAAGAGCAGCGGUACUUAUCAGCGGUGCGAAGGGAGAAAGAUGCUUUCACCAAGCUCAUCAGAGAGCGCAGCAACAUGGCGCUGACGUUCACUCACGACACAUCGAACCUGGAACCUCAAGAAGCAUUCUUGCGGACAGUCAACACACGCAUAGCAGGUGGCGGACGACUCGCGGCUACUGCUGAGCCACCUCGAGUGGUUGUCGACGUGCGCGAGUUCCGUUCAAGUCUACCUUCUCUCCUCCACGGCAGAAACAUGAUUGUGGUACCUUGCAUGCUGACAGUAGGCGACUACGUCCUCACGCCCAACAUCUGCAUCGAGCGCAAGUCCGUCAAAGACCUCAUCUCCUCCUUCUCCGACGGCCGCCUCUAUACCCAAGCAGAAACCAUGUUCCAGCACUACGCCAGCCCGAUGCUGCUCAUCGAGUUCGACGCGCAGAAAGCCUUCACCCUCGAACCAUUCGCCGACUUCAGCACCUCACUCGGCGCAUCCAGCAUCGUCGGCUCCGACCUACAAAGCAAGCUCGUCCUCCUCUGUCUCGCCUUCCCCAAACUCCGCAUUAUCUGGUCCUCCUCCCCCUACCAAACCGCCGAGAUCUUCGAAGAGCUCAAGAAGCAGCAAGACGAGCCCGACCCGAUCAAAGCCGUGCAAAUCGGGCUCGAAGUCGGCGAUGACCCGGAGUCGAGAACGUUCAACCAGACGCCGCAGGAUAUGUUGCGAGCGGUGCCUGGGGUGACGGGUAAGGCGCUGAGCAGGUUGAUUCUAGAGUACGAGAGUGUGCAGGAUGUGGCGAACGCGGAGGAGGAGGAGUUGGCGGAUUUGAUUGGGAAGGAGAAUGCGAGGCAGAUUCGGGUGUUCUUUGAUCGGAGCGUGUGGGAUGAGGGCGGAGAAGAAUGA